AUGCCGUUCUAUGUGAAAGGAGCCGACUCUAUCGAAAGCACCACUCGUGUCACUUCGAAUACAGAAGGAUACGGAAGACAAGAUCCUAUGGACUGGCCGGACACAAUGCCCAACGCCAACGCCGACGGUCGUUCACAGCCUCGAGCCUUUCCGCCGGCCACCCUCCCCGUCCAUAAGAAGAACAUCCCAUGA